GGUGGCUUUUUAAUUACAAAGGAGGCAUCGACAAGACAAUUUCCUUAAGAGUUUUGGACCGCCAAACGUUUCCAUUAUAAUGGUGAAAACUGUGAAGAAAUAAUAAAAUAUUCCUCAAGGCCCAUCUUUUCUAAAAAAAAAUCGAUGCAAAUAUUCCUCCGUUAAUCAAUAGACUUGCCGUUCGUCUUAAAUUGAAAACAAAACUCGACUUUUUCCCCCCUUGUAACUUGCUUCAAAAGAAUUGUUGGCAAACAAGCUGGUGAAAAGCGGACAGUUUCCGGGCUACUUUCUGCAGCUGAAAGAUUAAAAACUAACGUGAUGUACAAUGGAAACUGGCAGUCUGACAGAGCAAUGUGAUGCUUUGUCUAUCGUUAAGCAGGCCACUGCCACUGUGAUGACUGGGCAAGAAAUCAUCAAAGUUUCAUUAAGGAAAGCAGAGGUCUCAUCUAAAGCAGCGGGUGAUGUGGAGCCUCAAGGAAUUGUUCUCCCUGCAGCAGUAGUGGGUGAGGAAAACAACGAACACAACGUUUCCACUGAGGCAUCGAGGGUUCCCAGAACUUCUAUGGAGAAGAACCACCACUGUGGGUCUACUGAACAAGUGGAGACAACGCCACCAUCUGAUCCAACGCCAGUGACUGAAGGGCAAGCAGAACAGCUCCAUCUUCAACCACAGCAAGCUAUGCCGAUCUCAGCACCCACAGUCUCUCAGAUCUUGCCUUCGGAAAACCUGGCGACCGUGGUCAUGGCUUCAACAGGUAGUGUCCCAUUGAACCAACCUCUUCUCAUCCCGCUCAACAUGGCUGGUCAAGUUACUGCCCAGCAGGGACUCGUGUUGACUAUUCCCACAGCAUCCCUUGCUUCUCUCCCAAGCCUUACCUCUGCCACUGGGGCAGGAGGCAUCCUCAAGCUCCCUCUGGCAAACUUGCAGGCUGCUUCAAUGUUGAACCCUGCUCUCCAGCCGACACAGCUUCAACAGGCCUUACAACCUCAGGCCACUCUACAGUCCCUGCCUACAUCCGCUGUCGCUCUGAAACAGCUGGAACCUCAAACCCAGGUCACCUCCGUUCACCAAGCUCAAGGCCUGACUUUAAACCCUACAAUACUUAGUAGUCAACCUUCACUUGUGAGCUCUUUGACUGCUACUCCAAUUAUUGCAAAUGCAGUGCCCAGUUUCCAAGGAAUUACAAGUCAGAUCAUAACUAAUGCACAAGGACAGGUCAUCGGAACUGUUCCCUUAGUCAUGAACCCAGCAACAAUAACAACAACCAACCCAGUGACAGCAGUGGCAGCACAGAGCCUGCAAGUGCAAGCAGUUACUCCACAGAUGCUGCUGAACUCCCAAGGGCAAGUGAUUGCAACUGUGAUCAGCAACCAGUUUGUGCCAGUUCUGAGCCGGCAAGGAGUACCUCUCUCACCUGUAAAAACAACGCAGCAGGUACAAACUCUCCAGACAAUGGCUUCUGUUACGCAACCCAGUGUGACACCAACCACAGCCACUGCACCGACUGAACCGAUUACACCAAGCAGCACUUCGUCUGCUGCCAGUGUUGGACAACUAGUCAGCAAGCCUCAAAAUGCACCCACUGAGGUGGAUGGGAUAAACCUGGAAGAGAUUCGUGAAUUUGCAAAGAAUUUUAAGAUCCGGCGACUGUCUCUUGGCCUGACACAGACACAGGUUGGACAAGCACUGAGUGCUGCAGAAGGACCAGCCUACAGCCAGUCAGCAAUCUGCAGCAAUAAAUGGUCAGCUUUAAAUGGGCUGUGAACUGACACACAGGGCCCCUGAUGGUCAUCUGGGUAAAGGCACUGCACAACAUUGAUCGAAGCCAUUUGGACGCAAAGGUUCUCAGUUGAAUCAGCAGUCUGUGUUGAAUUAGCUGAUCUCAACCAUGCAACAGGAGGACCAAGGAACAGCUGGGUGAAGGACAAGACCAAGACAAAGUAAUCUCCUGGUCAAGCUCCAGUAAAUUAUGCUGGAAAUGCACAGAUUCAGGUGUUGGACAAGAACAGGAUCAGUAUGGACUAUAAUGUUGCUAUAUUGAAUAGUCUCCUACAGUUGUGGCUAGGAUUUCCUGAUUCUGUCCUUUGCCAACCCACAAUUUUCUGCCAUUCACUUGAAGAGGUGGGAAACUGCAAUUUGGCAAACUCAGAAACUGAAAGCCUGAUAUAUCUGUGCAUGUGUAUGUGGGCAAAUUCCCAUCCCACCAAGAAGUGAGAAAAUUUAGGCAAAAAAGAAAACUUCUUGAGGAAGACAAAUGCCUAGGAGUGAUUGUAACAUCACUUCUUGCUCAAUGUAGGAAUAUCAAGGUGUAGCUAUAGGUUUGAAACUGUUUCCUCCUAUCUGAAAUUUACCUAAUCUAUGGUGUGAAA